CCCUGGGGCUCAGUUCCACUGGCAACUCCUCGUCGAGCCGGCCUUGGGACUUGAAGCCGUCACGGCUCGCGAAUGCCACCGCCGAAAGGCAAGAGGAACGCGGCAAACACACACGACAAGCGGCAUGAGAACGGCCUCGCGGCUCCCGGCAAGCGCAUCCCCAAGCUACGCUCUCCCCCGACUCCCGACGGCCUCGCGAAUGGCAAGCCCCCCUCGUGCUCUCCGCCGCUGCCGCCUACGGAUGUAAACCCGCCUGCUGCCCCGUCCCCAGCUCCCGGCAAUGUUCUGGCCCACGCGCCCAACUCAGAUUCCCAAAUGCCCGAAGACUCGUCCGGGAGAAGGCCGCUUGGAGCCCGUGGCCGCACCGUUUCCGACACGUCGCACGAUGGCGACGAUGGCCCUCCCUUGGACCACGCCAAUGGCUCCGUAGAGCCGCUGCCGCGCCCAGCCCUGCAGAAGCCGCACCUCAAUGGAUCCCGCAGCUCCAUUGCUUACAAGAACAGCGCCGCUUCGACCGCCAUGACCAUCAUCUCCUCGUGCCCCGUCCGCGACGUUGUCGCCAUCCUCAUCAUCCUGCUGCAACUUCCGACCACCGUCCUCACCAUCAUCCAACUCUUAUUCGCUACCCUCACCUUCGUCCCGCCAAGCAGCACCGCCUCGUUCAGCAGCCUUCCGAGCUUCAGCGAAGUUUUCAAAGGAUCCCAAGGCAUGCCCUCGCUCGGCACCAUACUUCUCUGCGAUUUGCUGGCCCUGAUCGUGUGGGGGCUCCUUCCCCUAUUCGCGCAGGGCAUCGCAUUCGACCUCGCCCAGGCCGUCAUCGCCAUUUCGCUGGGAGGCGCCGCCGCCGGCAAAGGUGGCGUUUCGCAGAGCGUCGCGGUCUGUGCCAGCAUCAUUUUUUGCACCCACGCAUACCGCCAUCGGUCGAUCCGCCACUACGCAAUACGCUGGCUGCAUUUUGUGCUGUCCAGAAGCGGUUUUGACCUUUUUAGUCCCCCGCCGCCUCCGUCGCCCUACUCGGAUUCUUCUAAUUUUUCCCACGGAUGGCCCCGGUCUGUGCUGGGAUUGCAUAUACUUUCACAAGGGAUUCUACGGUUGGGAAGGCGUUGGUUUAUCGCGAAACAAGAUCGACUGCCGUCAGCCACACCUGGCAGGAGGGUAGAUCCAGAGGCUGCGGCUGCAGCUCAACUUCCGCGGAGCACGCCUGACGCUGCGAUAGACAGCAGCUCGAGCGCGGCGGCCGAUGGAAGGCAUCCUGGGCCCUCGCCUGCAGGAGUUGAUAGUAGGGAAAGGUCUUUCAGUUCUAGUUCUAAGAAAAAGAAAAGGCACGCGACUCAAGUCCGGAGUCAGCAGCCUUUUUGGGCCGCACUUGCGAGCACAAAAGUUACUUUUUGGAAGGAGGUUCAGCAGAGCAAUGACUCUGCUGAUAGCAACGAGGCGAAUUCAACGGAUGUUAAUCACAUUGGCGAUGCUCAUUUCAGGGUAGGCGAGGAUAGGGUUUGGAUUAUGGAUGUUGGAGCGACGGAGAUCACCUUUGGAGCGAGCGUUAUGGAAAAAAAUAUUGAUAAGGAGAGUGGCGGAGAGGAACAGGAGUCCAGUCUUGGAGCGGGAAUCGACAGGAAGAAGCCGUUCUACGUGCGCCUCAACGGUACUAACUGGGCGUCGACGAGCAUUACGGGAGCAGGACAAGACUCAACUUCAGGUGAUGGGCCCGCGAGCAAGUGGUCGGGGAAGAUCUUUGGUCUUACGCCUCAACAAAACUACAAAUGCGAGUUUGUUAGGACCGCAGACCGAACAACCUUCCAUUCGACUAGUCUCAUCACUCAGUCUGCUCCCAGUGCAGAGCAGGCUUCACUUUCGCAGCCCGUCCAUCAAUCUCUUCGCCCGCAAUCCCCCCGUACCCUGCUUCGGAAUAACGUUGCCAAUCUCGAACACGAGCUCCAGGAGUUACGCGCGCAGCAGAAACGAAACCAGAGAUCCCACGGAAAGGCCCUUGCUGCAGACAAGAAAGAAGUGGAUAUCGUUCACGGCAAGAUCCAGACUUCUGGUGGUGCCGAUGAUCGGUUGAAGCAGAAGAAGCGCCAGCUUUCUGAGGCCAUCCGUCAAGCAGAAGAGGCGACCUCGGAUAUGGCUGCUCAAAACAUCGGUCUCGCCAGGAUCCCGGAGGACGAAUCCAAGGAGUACGCUGCUGAGCAACGAAGCUGGCGUGAAGAGAAUGGCCGUCUCAGUGGCGCCAAGAAAACCCAGGACCGCUGCAAAGCCGACGCCGACCGUGACCUUGCCAACACCGAGUCUGAGUACGCUUCCAUCGUUAAGAAGCGCGAGCGUCUCUAUGCCCGUCAAUCCAAGCUCAACGAGCAGCACGAACGCCUCAGCUCGCUCAACGCGCAGGACCGGGAUGCUCACGACAAGAAGCUCAACGAUCGGGCGGUUCAGCUACAGGCGCGCGCGUCGCACGAGGCUCAAUACCUCGGCCAUAUUAUGCAGUUCGAGCACACGACGACCGACUUGCAGCGCAAGGUGAUGGAGGUCAACCAGCAGAUCCAGCAUAUGCAGGUCAUGUACACGCAGCCUGCCCCGCCUCCAGGCCAAACCGUACCCACGACGCCCGAGGGACCUCUUCCCGGCACGGCGGGUCCGGCCGCAGCGCACAACUUCACGCCAGUGUACCAGUUCCCGCCGCUGGCGAGCCAGCUCAACGGCAGCACGCCAGCCUCGUUCCGCGAGGGCCGCGGCCGAUCCAGCUCCAUGCUCUCCGACAUGAGCGGCUUCACGGACCACAACGUCGACCCGCCCGUGCAUCACCACCACAGCGCGGGGCCGGUGUUUGGCCCGCUGCCCAGCGGCCCGUUUGGCAGCAGUGGUUCCAGCAUGCCGUUUGCGCCGUUUGCACCGCCGCCUCCGCCGCCCCCGCCGUAUCUCCCACCCCCGUCGCACCUGCUGACUAAUGGCGAGAGCGGCGCGCGCAAGGGCAGCAGCGAGAGCGGUUCUGGUGGCUCCGGGUCCGGCACUGGUAGCGCGCCGGCGAGCCAGCGCGAUCCGGCGAGCCCGGCGGUCAAGACGGCGCAUGUGAGCCCGGUGGGCGCAGCUUCAUCGCUUGUUGGCGGUGGCGGCGGUGGCGGUGGUGGGCAUCAGCAGCAGCAGCAGCAGCAGUAGCAGCAGUAACAGCAAGUGUAGCUGUAGCUGUAGCUGUAGCUGUAGCGACAUCUCGCCGUCUGCGGGUUUCUCUACCUGGCUAGCUCCUCCUCUCGGCCUUCUUCUCUUCCGCUCUUCUUCUUCUUCCUUUUCUCUUCUUCGACUUCUUCGUCUCCCUGCCCAGAGUAGAUAGCUGAUGACGAUGAAACAUCCGUCGUGAUUUUCCUCCUUUCUAUGUUUGGCUCCCUCUGCGUCUGCGUGCGUGCUUGUGUAUGUGAUUUAAUGUGACGCG